GUUUCGUUGUUGCGGCGUCGUUUAGAGCAGAUAAGAGUAUAGGCACAAAAUCUGCCAUGGCAAUGGGGGAAGGUAGUGUAUACUUCUGCAACUCUGGGAUAAGAACAGUGAUUUUCUCCAUCCAAAAAGCCUCAUGCUUACUGCUUGAUUUGGGUACUGCUCUUUUCCCUUUGCAUUGCUUAUUAUUGUUCUCCAGUUUAUCUCCUAGCUACAGAUUCUAUAGUUCUAAUGCACACAAUGUACUCUAGUAUAGCUAAAAACCAGGCAUUUCCAAUGGUGUUUAGGGUUUCUCCAAAUUCCGGAUACUUUAAACAAUUUUGCAUCCCAAAAUCUCAGUCUUUACCAAUCGGGUUCCAAUUAAAAUCCCAACUAAACUCCAAAUGUGAAAGUGUUUCAAAUGGAUUUAGGCUUAUAAGUGCUGUAUAUUGUUGUACUGUGUUAAGAGCUAGAAGUUUUUCGAGUUCAUGUUCCCAGCGAAUUGGUAAAGGGACACUGAGAGCUAGAAAAUCACUUCCUUGGUUAAGUUCUCACAAGAUUACGGCAUCGAAAGGGUUUGAGAACGGGGCACGUCCAAACAGGAGUCGUUUUCAGUUGGAGGAAUCAAACAAAAGAUUGGGGAAAGUCACUGCUGGCUCCUCAUGGCAGGAAUCGGUUAAAAGGUUAGAGAAAGGAGAAGCUGCCAAAACUCACUCCUCGUCAUGGGAGGAGCCUGCAAAAGGGUUAGAAAAAGGGGCAGUUAGAAGAAAUGCUCGAUCUUCAUGGGAGGAUUCAAUUGAAACUGCUUCAGAGAAGCAGAGCAAUUACAUGUCGAGGAAUAAAGAUAAUAGAAAUAGAUUGUUGGGUGUGAUGAAGGAAGGGGAACAUGACUAUGGUUACAAAGAAAAGAAUGAUACUGUUGAAGAAGAGGAAGAUGGAUUGGAUAAUGUGGAUGAUCCAAGAUGGGAUAAGAUAAAAAAUACGUUCGAAGGAAUGGCGGAUGUCAAAGGUAGGACUGACAAACCUGAGUUUCGAAGGUGGAAUGAGCAGGAAAAUUGGGGUAGAAAGACAUGGAGAGAAGCUACUGAAUCAACUUUGCCUAAGAUGGUUGGUGAAGGGGUUUACGGGGUAGGUCCUGUUUUGGCUGCACUUUCAGCUGGUAGAAGAGAAUUAUAUGCAUUAUAUGUUCAAGAAGGAUUGGAUUUGGGUGGUAAUAACAAGAAGAAGAAGGACAAGAAAGGCUUUGAAAAGGUGUUGAGAAUGGCUCAAAAAAUGGGGUUAAGUAUAAAGGAAGCUUCAAAACAUGAUCUGAAUAUGGUUGUUGAUAAUCGGCCCCACCAGGGCCUAGUUCUAGAUGCUUCACCACUGGAGAUGGUGAAGAUAAAGGAGUUGGAUCCUGUUUCACCUGAGGAUGAGAAAGGUUCUCUGUGGGUAGCUUUGGAUGAGGUAACAGAUCCCCAGAACUUGGGGGCAAUUAUUAGGUCCGCUUACUUCUUUGGGGCUUCAGGGGUGGUGCUAUGUGCAAAAAAUUCAGCUCCUUUAAGUGGCGUUGUCAGCAAAGCAAGUGCAGGAUCACUCGAAAUAAUGGAGCUCAGGUAUUGCAAGAAUAUGAUGCAGUUCCUAGUAGCUUCUGCAGAAAAUGGGUGGCGGGUUCUUGGAGGUUCUGUUUCUCCUAAGGCUGUUUCCUUGAAUAAAAUUUUGCCCGGUGAACCCACAAUUCUUGUUUUGGGUAGCGAGGGUACAGGAUUGAGGCCAUUAGUGGAGAGAUCAUGUACGCAGUUGGUUCGGAUCCCUGGAAAUAUUCCUGUGGAUGUAACAAGGCGAGGGAAUGAUGACUUAGAAUCUGAAGAAACAAACCUUGAGCACUCCAGUGAAGAGUUCCGAUCCUUUUUGGCUGUGGAGAGUUUGAAUGUCAGUGUUGCUGCUGGUGUGCUUCUUCACCACUUAAUUGGGAGCAGCCACAAUGAUGCGGUAUGCGUAGAUGAUAAAUAGAUUGUGCUUUCUUACUUGAGUGACACUUCAUGUGGAAGCUGCAUUGAAACUCCAUUGCUUUUUAGUUACACAAAUUUGUUAUGUUUAUGACUUUAGUUUUGGCUUUCCUUGUUGCAAAGUACUUUAGUGUAAGAGUUUUAUCAAUAAUAGGGAUACAUAUGAGAUGGGGAAAUUGAAGUUUUGGUUCUCUUUCCACUUGUUGGUGGAAACACUUGGGGCAGAAAUUUCCUCUUGUUACUUGCACACUCGUGGCCUUGGAAUCAAAUUCUCUUUUAUCCCCA